CUUUGUUUGUGUUUGGCGGCAACUGCUCACUGCUGAACCGCUCAUCCACUUGCUCAGCUUGCUUGCUUGCUCUUCUGAAGCUUGUGGUUGUCUCAGGCGAGAUGUCUGUGGUUGCGGUGGAUGUGGGUACGGGGAGCGUGCGGUGUGCGGUGGUGAGGGGGACGGAUGGUUGCAUCUUGGCACGCGCUGUGGAGAACACACACACGCACACAUACGAGUAUGCGGGAGAGAAACACUUGGUGCAGUCCACCGACAACAUCUGGCACUGCAUUUGUCAGGCCACCAAGCGAGCCAUGCAGGCUUCGAGUAGGGGGGUGAGGUCACAGGAGGUGGUGGGUGUUGCCUUUGACGCCACGUGCUCGCUGGCUGUCGUGGACAAGGGCGGAUCUCCGGUGUCCGUUCUGCCGUCCAACCUCAGCAGCGGGUGGAACGUGGUGCUGUGGAUGGACCACCGCGCGUCGGCGGAGGCAAAGGAGAUCAACGAAACGCAGCACGCCGUGCUCGACUACGUUGGCGGCAGCAUAUCGCCUGAGAUGCAGAUACCAAAGAUCCUGUGGCUGAAGCGGCAUGCGUACGACACGUGUUACGCCAAGGCUGGCCACUUCUUUGAUCUGCCAGACUAUCUGACGUUUCGGGCCACGCAGUCCGCGGAGCGCAGCCUGUGCUCGCUGGUGUGCAAGUGCACGUAUCUGGAAGGCGAGCCGGAGGACAUCCAAGGGCGUGUGCGCGGCUGGCAGCCAGACUUUCUGCGGCUGGUUGGCCUUGGUGACUUGAUUGGUGACAGCGACACCGGUACGACCGCAUACGAGCGCAUCGGGACGCGGGCCAACCCGCCGGGCUCGCGUGUCGGCGCCGGCCUGACAGAGGCGGCGGCACUCGAGCUGGGCCUGCUGCCCGGUACACCGGUUGCUGCAGGGAGCAUCGAUGCGCACGCGGGGGUGCUGGGUGUUCUUGGUGCGCAGCGUGGUGAGGACCUUCGGUUGGAUGAGCGGUUAGCGUUGAUAAUGGGGACGUCGUCGUGCCACAUGGCGCUGAGCCGCAAACCGCUGCACGUAUCUGGGGUGUGGGGCCCGUACGGCAGCGUGGUGCUGGGUGGGUGGUGGCUGAAUGAGGGCGGGCAGAGUGCGAGCGGUGCGUUGGUUGACCACGUCAUCAUUGCUCAUUGUUGCUCACACGUGUUGGUUAUUACUUCUUCGACGCAUUUAUUCCUUCUGUGUCCGUCACUUGGUGUAGACCGUGGGCUUUCGUCUGUGUGGCAUCUGAGUCGUGAGCUGCACAUGCUCCCGUUCUUCCACGGCAAUCGCGCUCCCCUCGCAGAUGCAUCCCUUCGGGGUGUGGUGAGCGGGCUGCAUCUUGCUAGCGCGGACCCGUGCGACGAUUUGGUGGAACUGUAUGUGUGCACGCUGGUAGCACUGGCAUUGGAGACGCGGCACAUUGCGGAGGCCAUGGAGCAGGCGGGGCACCGACUCCGCUCCAUCCACGCUUGCGGUGUGCUCUCGCGUGCUCUCGCGUUUGUUCAGGCGCACGCUGAUGCGAUGCAGCUGCCCGUCUUUCUUCCAAAGGACGACGCCGUGCUGACGGGCACUGCUGUGUUGGCCGCGACCGCGGCUGGCUGCCACGCAUCUCUCCCCGCUGCCAUGGCUGCGAUGAAUGCAAGCGCAGGCGUGGUGGCGCCACAAGCAAGUGUGCAGUCUUUCUUUGACCGCAAGUUUGCCGUGUACAAGCACAUGUAUGCCGAUUUCAAGGCAUACAGGGCCCUCAUGCAGGCGGAGUGA